GUCUGGAAUUUAUAAGGUAAAACUGGUAGCUACUGGUAGCAACUGGAAACAGUGAAAACUAAAAAAAAGUUAAAGAACGUCGUUGUCUGGGUACCGGUUUUAUGAACACUAUCUAUUUCGUAGAAGUUUUGUAAUGAUCAAUUUGUCAAGGAUACCCGGCUACAUUUAACGCCGAAAUUAGAAACUCAACACUAUGAACGAAGUUACAAAUAAUAAUAUGGAAACUUUAAGGGAAGGAUCGGCGGCGAAAGACAAACGAAGCGAAACAGACGUCACAUUAGAAGAUAAAACUUUAGUUGAGCCGCCUAGUGCUUUGUACACAUUGAUGGUCGAGGAACCUGCACAAUCGGAUGACAGUUCAAGUUACAGCAUGACUUUGAGCGAGUUUGAAGAAGACAGAUGGUAUAAUCCGACAUCGUUUUCUGAUGACGCAGCUGAAAUAGAAAGCAUCCAGAGAUUGAUUAAAUACAUACGAGUAGGAAAUCAAACGGCUACAGCAAUUGCAUUGGCAGCGUUGGUGGACUACAAUCUACGUGACGAGUCCACGCAAAGUAUCGUGAUUAAUACCGGUGGUACAGAGCUUUUGAUCAAUUUAUUAGAAACCGACCACAACGAAUGCAGACACGGUGCACUAGCAGUAUUAAACGAAAUGUCAUAUAUGUUGGGUACUAGAAGAAAUCUGACAAAUUUGGGUGCCAUUCCAAUUUUAGUCAAGUUAUUGUCUGACCGAUCAGUAGACUUACAAAUUCUCUCAGCCGAGACUCUAGCUAACGUAGCAAAAAUAAAAAAAGGCCGAAAGUUCAUACGCAAAGCGGGUGGUGUUAAAUUAAUGGUCGACUACAUGGAUGUACCGCAUCAAGUCCUAAAAACCGAAAGUGAAAUGUUACCAGUAGUUCAACAAAAGUUAUUUAGUCUGUUGUGCAAUUGUUCAAAAGCAUUGUGGUCGAUGUCUAAAUCGGAUAAAAAUAAAGAUGUGAUGCGACGAUCUGGAAUCAUACCGGUAAUGGCAAAGCUAUUGACCUCGGUGCAUGAGGAUGUUGUCAGUUCUAUUAUGGGAAUUAUCGUUAAUUGUGCAACACAGCCAGUGUUUCGUACGGCGAUCAAAGAGCAAGGCAUGUUGGUCGAUAUAUUAAAACUGUUGAAGAGUCCGGACAUCGAAAUGAUGAACAACGCUGCCACCGUAACGUUCAAUUGCGCCGAGGACCCCGAGAGCCGGAAACUGAUCAAAGAACAAGGGGGCCUAAACUCGUUGGUGAACAUUGUCAAAGUAGAAUCACACAAGUGUGAAACGAAAUUAAUGGAAGCCGCUACGGGUGCGAUAUGGAAAUGUUUGAUGAACCCGGACAACGUGAAACGUCUGGAAGACAUAAACGGUAUACACGUUUUAGUAAAACUAUUGGACUCCGACAGUGAAGACGUAAUCGCCAACACCGUAGCGUCUUUGGCGGAAUGCACGAAAAUAGGACGCAACAAGAUCGCUCUGAGGGCAGCCGAUGGUUUGGUACCCAUAAUAAAGCUAUUGCAAGACACCGGCCAUGAGAGGAUUCUCGUAAACGUGUGUCGUGUGAUCGACAAUUGUGCGUCUGAUCCACUCUGCAUGGAACAAGUGGUUAGCAAUGAUGGCAUACGUUUAGUAUGGUCCAUGAUGAAAUUUGAUUCCACUCUCGUUCAAUCUACGGCAGGACAUACGUUGGUAACGUUGCUUAAAAAUACAAAAGAGUCUAGUGACAUUAUGCGUUCUCUAGUUACCGGAUUGGUAAUGCUGGUCGAUUUAUUAAAAUCACACGACACGAGGGUAUUAGCAGCCGCGUGCGCCGUCAUCGGAAUUUUGGCCAAAGAACCCGAAAACUUGGCAAUUCUCACCGAUUACGAUAUCGUACAGCGGUUAUCUAGUUUGGUGCACACGAGCAAUUCGGACCUCCAAGCCCAUUUGUCUCGUGCCAUCGGUUCUUGCUGUUUAUUAGAACGCAACUGUCACACGUUCGGUCGACUUGAUGUAGUACUGCCCAUUUCCAAAUACAUACAUUCCAAUUCUGAUCUGGUCAAACAGAACGUUACGUUUGCUCUACACGGUCUGUCCGGAGACGCGACAAAUUGUGUGGCCAUGGAAUCUUGUGGUGUCGUUCCCUUUCUUAUGGAGACUAUUGCGUCACGAGAUCCCGACGUACAGGAGGCUUCAGCUGGAUGUUUGGCAAAUAUUCGUAAAAUCGCUUUAAACGCUCGAAGAUUAAAAUGAUGACCAUUAAUAUAAUAGAUUACAAAUUACAAGACGAUUGUAUUAUAACUACAAAAGGUAAAAUCAUUAUAAUAUAGAAAAUAUCAUAUUUUUAUUAACAAUAUAGUUUACUUUAUUUCUUUAUGUAUUCUGUUAAAGUUUUUUUUUUUUCAAAUAUUUAUUGCAUCUUUUGCGUUGGUUGUGUUUAACAAUAAUAUUAUGACUUUAUGAUGUUAUUUUUAUCUUCAUUAAUAUGCAGGUACCUACCUGAUAUUGUUAAAUUAUUAUUAUUAUUACUAUUAUUAUACCUAUUCAUAUAAUCAUAUACGAUAUGAAUAUAUCACCCCCUCACCACCUAUUGAUAUUUGA